AUGCGACCCGACGGUAUGGGACGGUUUGGCUUCAAUGUUAAGGGUGGUGCGGAUCAGAACUACCCCGUUAUCGUAUCACGAGUCGCUCCAGGAAGUUCUGCAGACAAAGCACAUCCACGAUUGAACGAAGGCGAUCAGGUUCUGUUCAUCAAUGGCCGUGACGUGACACCCAUGUCCCAUGAUACUGUGGUCGAUUUCAUCAGAAGCGCCCGAACUUCGCCAAAUGGAGGGGAGCUCGUGCUCACGAUCAAGCCCAAUGUCUACCGCCUCGGUGAAGAAGUGGAUGAACCGGAAGGGGCGGCACUUCCUGAGCAGAUGCGGGUGGCUGAGAGUGUGCCACGGAGCGACAAACUAUCUCAUUCACUACGACUACUAGCUGAUGCUUUGGCCACCGGCCGAAUUGUGUCUCAGUUUGAGCAACUUUAUCGAAAGAAACCGGGUAUGACGAUGAAUGACUGCCGACUGACGUCGAAUCUCAACAAAAAUAGGUACCGAGAUGUCUGUCCUUACGACGCCACAAGGGUACGGUUGAACUCGUCCCCGAAUGGCGACUACAUAAAUGCUAAUUUUGUUAAU